GUCCCAGUUGAUAAUGUGGUAUUCAACAUGGCCGUGUAGUUAGUGUUGUGUGUGCUAGUUCUUACAGACUGAAUGGAUUAAUUCGUGAAAUAUGCCCAGAAAACGAAACGGUGAGAUCCCACUGCCCGAAGGAUGGGAUUUCGGUCGGGACUACGAUGGAAAAGUGUAUUUUAUAGACCAUAUUACGAAAAAAACGACGUGGAUUGACCCGAGAGACAGAUAUACGAAACCUCAAACGUUUGCCGAUUGCAUAGGAAACGAAUUACCUUUAGGCUGGGAGGAGGCGUUUGACGGACAAAUAGGACCUUAUUACAUAGACCACGUUAACCAAUCAACUCAAUUGGAGGACCCUAGGCAAGAAUGGCGGGCCAUUCAAGAAGCUAUGCUACGAGAAUACCUCAUAACCGCUCAAGAUGUUCUAGAAGCAAAGAAGGAUAUUUAUCAAAUAAAAUCACAAAGGCUGAUUUUAGCCCAGGAUGAGUAUGAUCAUCUCAACAAUGCACUCGCGACUCUAACUACAUCGAGAACGAGUUUAUGUUCGUCUAAUAGUAAUGUUAGCACAAAAUACGAUCCUGAUCUUCUCAAAUCGGAUGUCGCUUUGGCGAAAAAUAGGGUUUCGAGGCUUAAGAGCGAAUUGGAACAAAUACGGAACGAGAUGACUUAUACUCAAAGAGGAGUUGAAACCUUAACGAACGUGGAACAAAAACUCAGCAUGCACCAAGGCACAUGCUACAACAUAUCAGAGGCUCAAGCGAUCAUGGCUGAACUGAGAAACAUACAAAAAUCACUAUCAUCCGGCGAAAAGGAAAAAGCAGAUCUGAUGCAAUCUUUAGCAAAACUCAAAGAUGAUCUCACCAGGUUGCAGCUAUCAGAGAGCUCCCCCGAUAUAUCGACAUUGAGUUUGCCCCAAGAAAAACUGAGCACCGCCUCACAGACAGACCUUUCCUGUGAAUUGGUUCCUAUCGGAACGAGGCUAGCAGAAAUGGCAAAAAUGAGGUUGGAAUAUGACGAAGCAAGGAAACGAGUACAACACAUCCAGCAAAAACUAGCAGAUCUGGAGGAAAAAGUGCAUCCAGGUCAAGUGGAAUCCGAUAAGGAUAGGUUGCUGCUAUUCCAGGAAAAGGAACAGCUGCUAAGGGAGUUGAGGAGCAUCGCUCCUCGAAUGCGGUCCAAAGAGGAGAUGAACGGGAUUCAAUUAGAAUGCAAGAGGCUGGAAGAAGAUCUGAACAAGGCAUUGGAGAUGUCGAAUAGGGCCAUCGCCGACCGAUUGAGACUUCAUGAAGAAAAGCAGUUUUUGCUGCAGCAGUUGAAGGACGGUCUAAGGCAAAUGACACAAUUAGAGUCGCAGUUGAAGACGCUUUCUGCUAGCACUCUCUCUGUGAGCAGCAGUUCAAGCCUCGGUUCAUUGUCCACUACGAGCAGUAAGGGAUCUCUAAGCUCAGGUUUGAGCUUCACGGAUAUCUACGGAGGUCCUCAAUGUAUCGGAUCGUCUAAUUUGGAGAAACCUAUAGAUAUGGCGGAUUUACAUAAGAGGGUCGAGAGGCUGUUGAUGAACAGCGACAGCAUAACGCAUACUUCGUCUCCCAACAGAUCGCAACCAUCAUUGUCACCUAGAAGUUCGUUGUCCUCAGUUUCACCCCCAGUGUCGCCCAUGUAUGAGAAUCUUCCAGGUCUGAUACCACCUCCUACCUACGAACAAGUAAAAAGAGAAAGGCGGUUACAGUGUGAUCAAAAACAGAUUGAUGAAAGGCUUGUUGAGCUCAGGCUUUCCAAUACGUCCAGUACCGAAUACCUUCAUAAUUAUGUGUCGCAACGUGGCUCUAUCCCGAGCAUAUCUCCGUUGACGGAUCUGCUAGAGGCGCAAACGAGUAACAUGUCCCAAGGUUCAGGACUGGGCAGGCCUUGCAGGUACUCUUACGAGAGCACAGGAGAUCCACCACUCUCGCCCAUAUCCGAGACUUCGCCUGCUAUCUAUCACGAUGAGAUGUUGCAAGGAGUUGCUCUGUCCAGGACGUCUUCCUCCGGUACUAAUACGAGAUCUGUUUCUGCCGCCGUUAGCGACGAGUCCGUCGCUGGAGAUUCGGGUGUGUUCGAGGCGUCUCACAGGAAAAGAGCUUCCGCAGCAUUUGCUUCUGACAUAGAUGCCGAAACCGCGCAAGUACAAAUUAAGAUUAAAUAUAUCACGACUGAAAGUAUGCUCAAUAUUACGAUAGAAAAGGCGAGGAACUUGAGUGCUUUGAUGAUACCGGAAGACUCGGAAGUAUAUGUGAAAACGGCACUGUUACCCGCAAAACCCACCCCUCCUUUGGUAUUUUCCACGAAAAGUGUUAGAGAUUUGAAGAAGGCCACGUUUGCAGAAGUAUAUAAUGUAUCUGUUCCCGCCAACAAGAUUUUUGCCAAGACACUUCAAGUUAAUGUCUGGAAUAAACUGGCAGACCUGCAAGAAAAAUGUGUGGGUUGUGCACAAGUGAGCUUAGCAGAUUUCAACAUCCACAAUGUUUCUCAGAAAUGGUACAACAUCCUUUCACUACAAGGUGACCUACCCUCAAAUACGGCUUAUCUAAAGCAAGAAGUUGUUUCUCCCCUUCGGGAGAAAUCUGAAAACGAUUCAUCUUACAAACAAAUGGGAAAAGAAGAAAGUUCUGAUGAUUCCACUAUCAUAUCAUCUCAAACUUCAACUUUAACAAGAAAUCAAGAGACCGUUUUCCCACCAACCAUCAAUCUUAAUUUCGAUGAGUUGUAUAAUUGUUUCAAGGAUUCUGAAGAGUAUGCCAGUGAUGAUUCUGAUGAAGAUUUGGAAGAUGGCGAGGAUUGCAAUGAAGAAGGAAUUACGGUUGAGUUUAGGUCGAACGAAAGAUUGGAUGUAGUUUUGGAACACUGUGAUGACAUGGAACCAGAAUAUACCGACAAACAAACCAAUACGGAAUGUGCUUUUCAUCCUGAACAAGCCAAACAAAUGAAACUUCAAGCGGCUCGAUGUGGUAAUGCCAUCGAUGACUCCGGUCCCAUAAAGAGAUCGCAGACGUUCUCCCCUAGCGCGCACGUUUCCAAAAAUCAGUACAUCUGUAAGUUGAAUAGGAGCGACAGCGACAGUGCUAUGCCAUUGUACAGGAGGGGCAACAAACCUUUCGAGAGGCACGCGGUCGAGAGGAGAUCUUUGCGCUUCCGGAGACAGUCUGGUUCGAUGGCCGCGUUAUCGACGAGCAAGUCUCAGAGCCAUCUGCCUACCACCGCGAGGACUUCCAUAGAUUUGGAGUUGGACCUCCAAGCGCAGCAUACAAGGUUGGACAAACUGAACUCGGAGCUGUUGAGGUUGAGGGAGUUGAAGCAGAGGCUGGAGACUGCUAAAGAGCAAGGUGAUUCAGAACUUGCUUCAUACCUGCUGGAAGAUCAGCAAUUCCAGAACUUGAUAGCGCAGGCAGAAAGUUCAAAAACGACUAGGACUCCAGAAGAAAGGAAGUUAGAGAAAAUGCUAAGGAAAGUUUCCAAGGAGAUCUACAAACUGAGGAAGUCGAAGGUUGGAAAUGGAAAACCGGACCUUAUUUCUUUCAAAGAAAAAAUGGCCUUUUUCACUCGGACAGACACGAAUGUACCUUUCCUGCCAUCUGACGAGUGCCAUUCUGAGAACAAUACUUUGAAACGUUUGAGUGAAGAAAAGCCUCAGUUGACGAACGGCGAGGUUAGAGCCAAUGGUCUUGAAGAUGGGGAAGGAAAUGCAGGCAGAUAUGAUUACGUCGUAGACAGAGUACUAGGAGUUGAGGUUUAAUAUUUAUUGAGUCGCUAGAUAAUUGAGAGCUCUUGUAUAUAGUUUGUAAAGUUGUACAUUUGUUGAUAGUUUUCCAACUUCAGAGUGCCACUGUAGUAUUGCUUUUGACUGGCAUCUCCUCAACGUGUUCUUGUUUUGCUGGACAACCAUUUUUGUUUCUCUUCUAGCAGACGGUCUGGAUUUAGGAAAAAUGAGAUGGGAAUUGGUGGGAACUGUUUAAAUUGGUUUUUCGGUAGCACAUUUCACGAAUUUCUGUUUUUUUUUUAUUUUCAGUAUUAAAGUAUGAUUUGAAGCAAAAAGUAAAAAAUCCUCAUUGAGAUUAUAAAUUAUGAUAUUAUCUUUGAUAAUCGAAUGAAAUUAUAAUUACAGGACGUAUACAAAGAUUCUGUGAAGAUUAAUGAUAGUGGGAGUCUGGUAUACAUUUUAUUGAAUAAUGGACUGUGACGUACUUUUUUCUGUGUUGUUAUUGAAUUUUUUCAUCUGUCAAGAAUCGAACAAAAAAUUGGAGAAGGGUCAUUUUGCUUCACUAACGCUGUCAUACAGUUUAUAGACUUUCGUGUUUUCAAGGUAUCAAUUACUUCUAUGGAUUCCUACAAACCAGUGAUUCCAAGUUCAAACUUUAUCAAGAAAUAUUACAUAUUAUAAUUCACUAGUCGUUUUUUAUUCUUUGAUACAUUCAAAGUAAUUAUAUAUAAUGUAAUCGUACAUAACGCUCUUAAAAUCUGUUGAUCAAUUUUCUUAGAAUUUGUCAAUUACUUUUUAAUCAAACAGCUUGCAUUUUCAAUUUUUCUUUUGGUCAUUUUGAAUUGUUUCUUCACUUAAUCUUUCAAAUCAAGCAGUAGUCUGUUUUGAAAUUUGCCAGUUGAAACACAAUUUGCCAAUGUGCACUUUCAAUAUGUUAAUUGAUCUUUUUCAAACUAUCUUUUGAUAUUUAUAAUUUUUUCACAUCUCUCGUGAGACUCAGUUGGAAUCUAAUCUUGAUUUAUUAAAGGGCACUUUCAAUCAGUUAAUUGCCUAUUUUUGAACUGUUGUAACUCUUCGUCAAUCUUAAACAAGUGAGCUUUUCAUUUAAUUGAUAGCGUCAGUGGUAAUAAAUACUACAGUUCACCUGACGCAUCAAAACAUUGAUGAAAGAGGUAAACUGUAAGUUGAACAUAACCACUAUCGAAAAAUUUUUUGUCUUGUUAAAGUCUGGGGCCCCCAAACUGAGUAUAGCACUCACCAUUGUCCGUCCCAUCCCUCUGAGGAGCUCGCAAUUUUCAGAAGUUUGGAGUAGUAGCCAAAUCUGGCAUGUAGGAAUCCAUGUAACACUGUUCGACGUAUGUACACUGGUAAUCAUUUGACUACAGAUUAACUAUAAAAAAAAAGUUUGUUGUUACACUUGAAUCACCAAAACAUCCAAUUUCAGGAAUUUUUUCCAUCUACCUUAUUUUUUGAGCAUCGACCAGUCUAUAGUCCGUCGCUCUCACAACUGUCUUUUUGAGUCUCUUCACCUUCCAAUGUGUUACCCAGGCAAAAUUUUCACAUGUUGCGCGAGUCGCUCCCUACUUAACUUUCAAUAUUCCAUUAUCUGCAAUUGACAAUUCUCAAUUUAAUGUGUUGAAGCCUUAAUAUAAUACUUAAUCUGUUAUCUUUUUUUUUCUUAUUGAUUUGGCUGU